UGCUCCUCCCUAAUCCAGAGACAAAGGAAGGGUUUAUUAUCCCCAGAUAACACUUCAUGUUCUUCCUUUUUGACGGUGUGCACAGAGCAAGAGAGACUGCAUUCGCUUCUCAGUAAAUCGAAAUGGGAAAGGAAAAGAUCCACAUCAACAUCGUGGUCAUUGGCCAUGUCGACUCUGGCAAGUCCACCACCACCGGCCACCUGAUCUACAAGUGCGGAGGAAUCGACAAGAGAACCAUCGAGAAGUUUGAGAAGGAGGCCGGUGAGAUGGGCAAAGGUUCCUUCAAGUACGCCUGGGUGCUGGACAAACUGAAGGCCGAGCGUGAGCGUGGUAUCACCAUCGAUAUCGCUCUGUGGAAGUUCGAGACCAGCAAGUACUACGUGACCAUCAUUGAUGCCCCUGGACACAGGGACUUCAUCAAGAACAUGAUCACUGGAACAUCUCAGGCUGACUGCGCUGUGCUGAUCGUCUCUGCUGGUGUUGGUGAGUUCGAGGCUGGUAUCUCCACGAACGGUCAGACCCGUGAGCAUGCCCUGCUGGCCUACACUCUGGGUGUGAAGCAGCUCAUCGUUGGAGUCAACAAGAUGGACUACACCGAUCCGCCUUAUAGCCAGAAGCGUUAUGAGGAGAUCACCAAGGAAGUGAGCGCCUACAUCAAGAAGAUUGGCUACAACCCUGCAACUGUUGCUUUCGUGCCCAUCUCUGGAUGGCAUGGAGACAACAUGCUGGAGGCCAGUGAAAAGGUGAGCUGAGAG